GUCUGCUGUGGAAACGUCAUCAUAUAGCGACAACAUUUAUCUUCUCUUCAUAGGCUAAUGUUUAAAAUAAGGCUCAACAUUUGUUUUUUAAGAUAGGGUGUGAUUUGGAAAAUUAUGCGAACUAAUUUUACAAGGAAGUUUUAUCUUAAAGCACGCUAUUUAUCUUGAAUACAAAAUAAACGUCCCCGGAAGUCCUUUCUCCGUUUGUAAACACAUGGCUUCUAGUCGUGUCUGAGACUCAAUUAUGCCAAAACUCUUCGAUAUAAAGUUUCCAGGAGAAUGUAAAACUCUUCCCGAAGGCUUUUGGUCAGCCGUAGACGUGUGGAUAAAGAAACCUCACGUCGUAAACAAGCGUCUUUGCGGAGUUAAGGAGACGGAGAGUAAAGAUGUGGGCAGAGAGGCUCUGCCUUUCCUGCUGGAUGAUCCUGAACUCUCUCAUGAUGUCGUGUCCUUCCUGACCAGCCGGGUUUCACCGGGACAGACGCACGAAAAGGAAAAACCCUGGUCUUCUAGUGUCAGGACAAUUAUCCCUAAAGUAAACUCUUACGGGACAAACCUGCAUAAAGAGGUUAUACUCAAAGACUUUGGCAGACAACAAGUGACCUUUCUUCCAUUUGAAGAGGAUUCAGAAGGGCAGGUGUCUCUAAAGAGGGGCAACAUUUAUCAGUUUCAGCUCCUCCAUCAGGACUGUGAGGAAUGGGCCUUGGAGCUGCAUGCGUUGACUCCAGAUUCGUGGUUCUCUGAUGGCGUGGCGUACCCGAAGCUGCCCUGGCUGUCCACUGAUCUGCUGCCUAAGCUGGUGCGCUGGGCCACCGAGUGCAAGAGCAGCGAGUUCAGGAGCACCUUGUCUCUGCUGCCGGUGGAGAAGUACAGCCUCAUGUACCAGCAGCUGAAGGAGAAGUACAAGGCCAUGGUCAAGGUUUGGCCUGAGGUUACAGAUCCUGAGAAGUUUGUCUAUGAGGAUGUUGCCAUUGCUACGUAUCUCCUUGUGCUGUGGGCUGAGGAGCGGGCAGAGAAAGGCCUGGCUGCCCGACAGUCCUUUGUGGACCUGGGCUGUGGAAACGGCCUCCUGGUUCACAUACUGGCCAAUGAAGGGCAUCCUGGAAAGGGCAUCGAUGUUCGGAGGAGGAAGAUCUGGGACAUGUACGGCCCCCAGACUCUGCUAGAGGAAAAGGCAAUUACUCCCAGUGAGAGCUUCUUAUUCCCGGGUACGGACUGGCUGAUUGGGAACCACUCAGACGAGCUCACACCGUGGAUCCCCGUUAUAGCAGCCAGGUCUUCUUACUCCUGCCAGUACUUCGUCCUCCCCUGCUGUUUUUUCGAUUUCUAUGGAAAAUACCAGAGACGGCAGUGUAAGAAGUCUCAGUAUAAGGAAUACAUCGACUUCAUCACUGAGAUCAGCCAAGUCAGUGGCUUCAACACUGAAGAGGACUGCCUGAGAAUACCGUCCACCAAACGGGUGUGUCUGGUGGGAAAGUCAAGAAACUACCAGCCCUCUGCCGAGGCUGAGGCCGAGCAGCGAAGAGCUCAGUACGUCCAGAGCCGCCAGACCCCCUCUGGGGUCACAGUUCAAGGGUCAGACAUCAGAAAUGACGGGGACUGUUGCCAUGGGAACAAAGACACUGACAGGACCCCCGGGAGCAGCUGGGGAGCCGGGUUCCAGCCCAGAGACAAGGUUGAAACGGUUCGAAACUGUGCUGCUCUCCCGCGGGACUUUGUUGACGGUGUUGUCCUGCAGGUUGCUAACGUUCUUCUGGGAAUGACUGAGGAUGAUGGCGUGGGGUCCUCCAGUGACUGGAACCGAGGAGGAAGCCUCUCUGUGAGCGAGGUCGCUGGGCUGUUGGAGCAGGAAACCCUGCGGCUUCUGAAGAAGGAGUGUGGAGGCCUUCAGACGCUGCUCAAGAACAACCACCAAGUUUUUAGAGUGGAAGGAGGGAGGGUGUACAUAAGAGACUGGCGGGACAGGAAGUCCUCCAGGGUGGAUCCCAAGAGGAAGCCCGUUGUCCCUGGUGCCCUGAAAACUCGUCCCUGCUGGUUUCACGACCACCACCCUCAGCGCUGCCCCCUGCCGGCUGAACACUGCGGCUUCGCUCAUGGACCUGAUGACCUCCGACCCUCGACCAGACCUCUGAAGAAGAUAAAAAAUUAUGCCUUUUGAAUGGCUCAUUCCUCCUGUACACUUUAAUUGAACUCAUUUGUUUAGUUGAUUUUUUUUUUAAAUUGAGGAACUACUUUUCUUAUUAACAGUAUUCACUCUGUCCAUCAGUGGUUGAACCUGCUGUGAAAAGCCCCCACAUCCAGCCGUGCAGCCACAAAGAGUAGGAAGUUCAGGUCCAAGCAGUGUGAGUUUUAUUGAUGCGACGUUACAUCAUUUCUGGGAAUUGAGGUCUCGAAAUUUCACAGUAUCCUCUCUCUCUCUCUCUUCUGUGUGAGGCUGCCAAAAUGUGAUGCUUCCUGGUGCAGCUUUAGGCUUCACUGUUGGACCUCUGGGUUACUUUAAUUUCAAAGGAUUAUUUUGUCUUUCUUUGUAUUUAUUUAAGAAAUGGACUUUUGUAAAUCUCAGGAAACUGUAUACUUACUGUAUAUUAAAGUGUAUUUCAAGCUA